GGUUUAGAAACAAACAAAACACAGUUUUCGUUUUCGACUUGAUUUUUCAAAGUUAAAUCAACGAAAAUGUCAUUAUAUCACGAUUUGGAUGUAAAAACUCGUACAUCAGAAAAUGUUUCUGGUUGGUCUUCUGGAAUCAAACUUCUUCAAAGUCAGUUACAAUUGAAAAAAGCUACUAUAACCCAACCUAAAAGAGAUCAGCAAAGGAAAGUUAGUCUGGCUCCUGUAAUCGAUUUGAAAUCCAAGAAAAAUGAGGAUGAUAUGUUCCACCCAAUGUUAUCCAAGCCGAAGAAAGAAACUAUAUUACCAAUAGGAAAUGUGUUCACAGGAGAAUAUGAUUGGAAUUGUGUUGAUGAAUAUGAUCCCUUAUGGCCGAAUGAAUAUGAGAAGAUAGUAAAGGAACUGAGAGACAAUAGAGACAGGGAUAACGAUAAAGACGAAAAGAGGAGAGAUAGGAAAAGAAAGAGUCGGUUUAAUGACCCACAAGAAGAGGUACCAGUGGUUUCCACUCCUCAAAUGACACAACCACCAUUAGCUAGUGGAUUUGCAGGUCGUUGGGAAGAAGAGGAAGAAAAAGAACCUGUUAAAAAGUCACGUCCAUCUGGUGGUGUGGCAAUAGCUCCACCCCCUAGUUUACAAGAACCUACAGAACCAACACCAAUUUUCCCUAAUAAGCCUAUCAAUAUGGUACCAUUAGGAGGGGGCUCAAUAGCUGCUAAAAUAAUGGCAAAGUAUGGUUUUAAAGAGGGUCAAGGUCUUGGAAAGCAAGAGCAAGGUAUGGUUAGUGCGCUACAGGUGGAAAAAACAUCCAAAAGAGGUGGAAGAAUAAUACAUGAAAAGGAAUUCCUAGCUCAAAUGGAUAGUGAAAAAGAGGGCGAUGGGUUAAAUAUAACUGAUAUGAUGAAGAAUCCCAGCAAGAUUGUUCUUCUGAAAAAUAUGGUUGGUCCUGGUGAAGUAGAUGAUGAUCUAGAACCAGAAGUGAAGGAAGAGUGCAAUGCCAAAUAUGGAGAAGUUGGAAGUGUUGUUAUACAUGAAAUACAGCAUGAAAAUUCAGAAGAAGCAGUGAGAAUAUUUGUUGAGUUUAGGAGAAUUGAAAGUGCCAUCAAAGCAGUUGUUGAUCUUAAUGGUAGAUUCUUUGGUGGGAGAAUGGUGAAAGCCUCAUUCUACGAUACUGAAAAAUUUGAUAAUUUAGAGCUGAUAUAGGUCACUAAAAAGUGCAUUUGUACUAAUUAUUUUUCAGAACAUUUGAAAGAAACUGCUAACAUUUCAUUCUCACUUUUCAUCUUCUCUACUCUGAAAGAUCAAGAAUGAUUGUUCAUGAGGUUAUUUAUUGAAAGUUUGAUAUUUUAUGUAAAUAGAAAUGGUUCGAAAUAUCACGAAUAAAAGAAUUUCAAAAUUUU